UUGCCAUCUGCCUCGGGCUUGCUCCACAUCUCCUACUUGAGCAUCCAUCGCAGCCUGCCACAGGAGCUCUGGGGAAGGGAUGGAGUAGGGCAGGCUGGAGGGGAUGCCGGCUGGAAUACUUCAUCCCUCAGCCUGUUGUGACCUCCUGGCAGGCUUUCCCUGGGUCCUCCUUGCCAUACUGAGUGGUGUCUUCCUGUUGCUGAUCAUAACCGGGCUCUGCUUCAUCUGGCUGUACACCUGCCUCAGCCCCUCGGAGAUCAACCUCCCGAAAACGCUUGUUCUCCUCAACAAGGAGCUGAGUGCGACCAUCAGAGUGCCCACCCCUGAGCUCGAGGAGGGCUCGCUCGCCCUGCUCCUGCCAACCUUGCUUCCCUCCCGCGGGCCACCUGCCACCAAGCAAACGCCACCCACAGUCAAGCUGCUCCUCGGAGAAAGCCGUCCCCAGGACAUGAGUGGCUACUGUGCCAAUGGUUUUGGGCCACACUGCCUCGAGGAAAAGGACUCAUCCCUCACCCACAGCCAUCUGAGGCAUGGUUUGGGCUCCUGGGUUGCUCCACAGCUGGAGGAAGAUGAAGAUGGUGAGCUGGAGCAGCCAGUGCCAAUGGGACUGACCCAGGACAGCUACGCAUGUGACGGGCACUAUCAGACAUCUGAGAUGUGGCUCUCCCUGCACCUCCAGCUUUGUUCUAAACGCCAGUGCCCAGCCCAGGGAGCAGGCAACUGCUUUCCUCUGCCUACAGAAGGUGGGAGCUUCAGCCAGGAGGACCUGCAGGAGAGCCUUGGCAUGGCAGGACACUGGGUAACGUUCAGCUCCGUGAAGCUGCUGGCCAGCGGGGAAGAGGAUGGAGAGCAGCUCAUCUGUGCUCUCCAGCCCCUGCCUGGCCAUGAGACUGAGCCUGGUGACAGCACCGUGAAGGACAGGGAGGUGGAGCGGGCAGCACUGGCUGUCCUUGGCACCUGCCAGCUGCCCCAACCGGCCCCCAACAUCCAGCAGGCGGUUGUCUUCUCCGGCUACGAGCUGCGUCCCCGGGUUGAUGCUGAGCCAUAGUAGGCAGGGCACGCUGGGGGCUUCCAGCACCUGGAUCACAGCACCCAACAGGACUCGAGGUGCUUCCCAGAGAUGCUGUGGUGGGACUGGUGUGGUUUAACAUCUUGUCAGAGACAUGGACAGUGCGACUGAGGGCAACCUCUGCAAGUUUGCCAGUGACAUCAAGUUGUGUGGCUCACUUGAUACACUGGAGAGAAGGGUUGGAUCCAGAGGGACCUGGACAGUCUGGAGAGGUGGGGGUGGAACUGGAUGGCUUUAAGGUCCCUUCCAACCCAAACCAUUCUGUGACAGCCACCUGCUCAGAGCUGCCUGUGCCUUACUGGGACAGGGUCUCGCACAGGCGCGGCUGCCGUGGAUGGGUCAGGUCAGCAUCCUUAGAGCUUCCCCCUAUGGUUUUGGUGCUCUUCAAUCAAAGCAUAAGGAACAUAGACCAAAGUCAAAGCCCCAAACCUUUUUUAUCUAUUUAUCCACCUCUGUGUGUGUGUACACAGUAUACAUAGAGUAAUGCAAAUUUAGGUAUAUAGUCAUUAACAUAUAA